AUGACACAGAUCAAGAGCGAGUCCAGCAAAUCGGUUGGAGCGUCGCGUCUCAUCUUCCUCAACCUCCCCCCAACCCUCACCCCGGACCAGUUCCGGUCCAAGCUCACCGAGCCCAAGACUCUUGCCUCCACCGUCGUCACCGACUCCAAGCUCGUCUCCAAGCGUCGCUUCGCGUUCGUCGGAUACAAGAGCGACGAGGAGGCCCAAAAGGUCAAGGACUGGUUUGACGGCUCCUUUGCGUUUGGCGGCGGUAAAGUCAAGGUCGACUUUGUUCGCGAUGAGCCAUUGGCACCCAAGCCUGCGAAGCGCGCCAAGACCGAGGCGUCUGGCAGCAACGAUGAGCCCCGCGCCGAGGCUGGUCCCUCCAAGGGCCUGAAGGAGUUUAUGGACGUCAUGAAGGGCGUCGACCCCACGGCUCCGUCCGCCGACGCCGUGGCGGUUCCCGGCGAUAAGGGCUGGGUUGCCGAGGGCACCAAGGAGGCCAAAGCCAAGGCGAGCAAGAAGGGCAAGGAGAAGGCCACUUCCGGGUCGGACGACGAGGCCGAGGACGACAAUGAGGACGACGACGACGCGGCGUGGCUCGCACGCAGGCAAAAGGCGCUCGGUGGCGACGGCGACGAGUCUGUCGCCGUGGUUCGCCACGACCCCGAGGAGGCACUCAUUCUCUCGACUGGCCGUCUGUUUGUGCGUAACCUGGCGUUCGUAACCACUGCCGAGGACAUUACGGCACACUUUGGACGGUUUGGCCCGACUGUCGACGUCCACAUGCCCGUGUCGGCUCAGACUGGCGAGCCUCUGGGCACGGCGUUUGUUCUGUUCCGCGACCCCCAGGACGCCCUUUCCGCUCACAAGACUCUGGACAAGACUACUUUCCAGGGCCGUCUCCUUCACGUUCUCCCCGGGCGCGCACGUCCAGGACAGGAGAAGGCCGCAGGCACCGAGGGCGUUACGGACGGCAAGGUGCUGGGCAAGGCUGCCGAGAAGCGUGGCGAGGUCAAGGAAAAGGUCGACGAGAAGCGCAAGGCCGACAGCGCAAAGGGUGUCAACUGGGCAAGUCUCUACAUGAACAGUGAUGCCGUUGCGGCCUCGGUCGCCGAACGCAUGGGUGUCUCCAAGUCGGAGCUGCUGAGCGGCUCGGGCGAUGUCAGCGCUGCCGUCAAGCUCGCGCUCGCCGAGACCCAUGUCAUCGCCGAGACCAAGGCGUACUUUGAAAACGAGGGCAUUGUUGUUGAGGCUCUCAAGCCCAAGGUGCCCCGCUCGCAGACCAUCAUCCUCGUCAAGAACAUUCCCUUUGGCACUACGAUCCAGGCCCUCCAGGACCUCUUUGUGCCCCACGGCGAGCUGAAGCGUGUGCUCCUGCCCCCCGCGGGUACCAUUGGCGUUGUCGAGUUUGCCAACAGCAUGGAUGCCGGUCGCGCAUUCCGUGCCCUCGCCUACCGCCGUAUCGGCAACGCUGUCCUGUACCUCGAAAAGGGCCCCGUGGGCAUGUUCAACAACAACGUCACCUCGACCCCUGCCUCGAAGGAGGCCGAGGAGCGUGCCCGUCUUGCCGACAAGGUCGCCGAGGCCGAGGCGGCUGCCCGUGACCAGCCUGCACCCACCGACGAGGCUGGCUCGACCCUCUUCCUCAAGAACCUCGCAUGGGCUACCACCACGGAGCGCCUCUCGUCUGUCCUCUCUGCCCUGCCCGGAUUCUCGUUUGCCCGCGUGCAGACCAAGCCCGACCCCAAGCGCGAGGGCCAGCGCCUGUCGAUGGGUUUCGGUUUCGUCGGCUUCAAGACCAAAAAGGACGCCCAGAAGGCGCUCGGCGGUCUGGCCGGCUUCGAGGUGGACGGACACGCGCUCGACGCCAAGUGGGCACAGCGCGGUGCCGAGGAGGACGCCAAGGAGAACAAGAAGGACGCCAAGGGCGGCGAAAUGUCGGGCAAGACCAAGGGCACCAAGAUCCUCGUCAAGAACUUGCCGUUCGAGGCCACCAAGAACGACGUGCGCGACCUGUUCUCGGCGUAUGGCACGCUCAAGAGCCUGCGUGUGCCGCGCAAGCCCACGCUCUCGGCCUCGGGCGCCCAGAGCACCCGUGGUUUCGCCUUCCUCGAGUUUACGACGCACGCCGAGGCGCAGCGCGCGAUGGACGCGCUCAAGCACACCCAUUUGCUCGGCCGUCACCUGGUCACCGAGUGGGCCAACGACGCCGACUCGGUCGACGUCGAUGCCCUGCGCGAAAAGGUCGGGCGCGACGCCAAGAUGGGCGAUGUGGGCGGCAGGAAACGCAAGCUCGACCUGUCGGGCAAGGGCGACAUGGACGAGGACGAUGGGCUGGAGGUGUAA